CUCAGGAAUUGAAGGAGUUCUGUACCAUCUUCAUUUUCUUCCUAUUUCAUUUUUGUCUGUUUAACAUCCUAGUAUGUGUGUUCUCAAGCCUGCUCUGUUGUCGUUUCUGCGUAGACCUUCAUUUGUCAGGAGUACUAACUAAUUCAGAAACAAUUGCUUCUGAAAAGGCUUGACUCUUAUUCUCAGAAGUGAUGUGGGGUAGCAUCUAAGUGUUGUACAGGAAUCAGUGAACAAUGCUUUACCCAGCAGCACAAAGUCAUAUGUACUAGAAACUGUCGUCAGGGCAUCAAAUGAUUCUAAAGGGUUAAGUUUAGGGUUGGUUAAGGUUAGGGUUGAUGUCGGAGAGGUGCACUGCUCUGGAAGUGAAAGGAGGGAGUGCUGGACAAAUGCCCUAGAACCAUCGGAUGCCCUGAGGACAGUUUCUAGUGGAUAUUACUUUGUGCUGCACUUCACCUAUGGGAUUUAGUGCACAGUGCAACACUAAUAAGUUUUCCCUCAUCCAUCACUUCAGAACUUUAAUAACUGGAUAUUUAAACAGGUCAAAAAUAUUAGGACAUGUAGGAGUUAUAAAGCAUUCAUUAAAGGGUUAAAGGGAGUCAAAUGUUGACAGAAGUCAAUGAGCUUGUAUUUGAAAACAUGUGUUUAGAAUCUCCAACCUGACGUGUGUUUUAACUGUAUGCUCCCGUAUUGCUACAGUGCCAGUAUUAUGUAUGCCAAGGUUUGGUAGAGUGUGAGGAGAUAGCUAUUCCACCUUUAUAUUUUUACCCUUGACUAAAGCAACAAGUUCAAUGCUUCUCUAGCUGAAGCUGAUAGCGGGCUAUUUCCUUGUUUGUUUCCUCAUGGAAUGACCGUGCGUGUUUGGACUUUGUAUUUAAUGCACUUGCAGGGAAAGUACCUAGCAGUGUGUUUGUGUGUGAGAAAAAGGAUUAGAUUAACAAAUAGUAGAGGCACUGACAGUGUCCCGUGUGGCAGUCUGGAUAUUACACCACCGUAACAUCUCUACACAACAAGGACUGGCUUAUUGGAAAGGAUCACCAGCCUGGGCUAGUGAUGGCUGGGGGGGUAGACCUGUCUGGCAAGGAGCUGAACGACCUGGAUGAAGAGGAACUCUGGGAGCUGAUCAAUAACCACCGGGACAAGAUCACCCUGGGAGUGAAGCCAUGUAUGCUGACUGCAUACCUGCGACAGGCUUGCGUGCUCAGCGACCUGGAUGAAGAAGAGAUCCUGCACUGCCCGAAGAACAUCAACCGCUGCAUGAGGACUGGUUACAUGCUGGAUAUUCUGAAAACCCGUGGUAAGAAUGGGGCCAUUGCCUUCCUGGAGAGCUUGAUGAUCCACUUCCCAAAGCUGUACACCCAGGUGACAGGCAAGGAGCCCACCAUGGAGCACUCUAGCGGUGUGAUGAAGCACUCAGAGCUGACAGAGUACCUGGUGAAGGCGAUGACAGAGAUGCAGCAGGUCCAGAGCCAGGAGAAGAGCAAGGCGUUGUUGAUGGAGAAUCGCUGCUUCCAGCUGGAGGCAGAGCUGACCGAGGCCAAACGGCGAGUGGAGGAGCUGGGAAACUUGGACGCAGAGUUUAAGCGUCUCCAGAGAGAAUUCAACCUCCGCUACCAGGAGCUGCUGCGGGUGAAGGACGAGAAGUGCAAUCUAUGCAUGCGCUACACCAGCGCCGUGGAGGAGAGCUCCUUAAUGGCCUCACGCUGCCGUGAUCUGCAGCUCGAGCUCUACCAGAUGAAGUUCGAGUUGAAGAAGGCCAAGUCAGAGUCGGAGUUUGAGAGGAAGAAAUCAGUGGAUUUGCGGCGUCGGAGUGAGGCAGUGGAGCUCAAAGAGGAGAUUGAGAGCCUGAACCACAAGCUGCUGCAGUUUGACCCGGCAAGAGAGGACAUCCUGGUGCAGAACCUGGUGGAGGAGCAGGACAGCAAGCUGGAGCUGAUGGAGCAAAUUCAAUCCCUGCGCGAGGAGGCUGAGAAGGCCAUGUGUGAGCGGGACGAGCACUUUGAGGAGAAGGAGGCUCUGCUUCUGGAGUGUCAGAAGCUGCGUCUGGACUGCGAGAUGUACCAGGAGAAGACAGCAGCCUUUCAAGUGCAGCUGAGAGAGCUGCAGAAGGAGAGAGACCAGGCAUAUUUGGCUCGUGACGAGGCGCAAUCCGGCAUCUCACAGAGCUUGUCUGAGAAGGAUUCGAUGCGGCUGCAGGUCAUGGAGCUCCAAGGACAGAUCUUUGAGCUGCGCAAGCAGGCGACGCAGAUGAAGGGACAAAUGGAGCGGCAGGAGUCAAGGGACGGCAGUGAAACUGAGACAGAGGAAUUGAAAUGGAAGCGCCCAAAGCUGAGGAGAAUGCAGGCCAUUGCUCCCUCAUCUUCCUUCAGUGACUGUGAGGGCAGCAUGGAGAGCAAUGAGUACUGCGCUCUCGGUAGAGUCAAGGACUGGAGCUCCGAGGAGUUCAACAGUUUCAAGUCGAGCAUGGUGGAGCCACCGAGCCGCGAGUCCAUCAGUCAGAGGGAUGUAGAAGGCUAUCUGGAUGGAAUGUCACUGAGCCGCCAAGUGCUUCGAGACUGUGAUUCAAGCCACUCACUGGUGGACUCAGAUAAUGAGUUUGUGUUGGUGAACAAAGAUCUAACAGAUGCUACAGUCCCACCCCCUCCAUCAACUGGAACCUGUGACCCCAACAGUGGGGUGUUUCUGUUGCCCAAGCAACCCAGAGCCCAGCGCAUCAAGAGCCGCGUGAUGACCAUCGCCUUCCAGGGGGGGUUGCUGCUGGGGCAGAUCCGGGUGGUGGGCGGGAACGAGACGGGGAUCUUUGUGCACUCUGUCUCCAAGGGGUCUGCUGCUGAUGAGAUGGGGCUCAGCCCGGGCUCCCAGAUCCUGGCUGUUGAGUAUGAGCUCCAGCAGCACACGUUCAAAGCUGUCCUGGAGGAGAGCACCCUUGAGGAGGCGAUGUGGGCCCUCAGGCAGGUCCAGGGAUUCUGUUGCUUGACCAUCCGACCCAACAUGGAUGGCUACCAGAAGCUGCUGAGUAAGCUGGAGAGCAGGGGGGUGAGUUCUGGGGACUCGUUCUAUAUCCGUGUGAACCUGUCGAUAGAGAAGAGGAGUGGAGCUGGGCUGCAGGUCCAGUGUAACGAGAUCCUUCACAUCACAGACACUCUGUACGGGGGAGUGGGGCAGUGGAAUGCCUGCCGCACCGACCCCUUGAGCAUGCAGGACCUGGACACAGGGACCAUCCCCAACUACUACAGAGCUCAGAUGCUGUUGAUCAAAGCGAUUGAGAACAUGUGUCUUCAACAUAACAUCACCAGAAAGCUGGACAAGAAUCAGGUGGCAGGGAAGAAGAAGGCAGUCAGGAUUGUGAGCACUGGCAGGACACAACGAAAUCCACUCUGGUUCUCCAAUGACUGUGAAGGCAAUGAGCAGGGCAAUGGGCAAGGGGGCAGUGUGGGGUGUGCUGCACUGGGUAGCUGUAUCACUCUCAUGCCAUACACCUUGGUGACACCUCGUCGCCCUCCCUCCAAGCGCCCGAUCCUCAUCCUUCCCAACAUUCUUGGCCAUCUCCUCAAUGAACGGCUCCAAGAGUAUCAGGAAUUCCAACUGUGUCAGUCAGAGCUUCUCUCAGACAGUGAGUUUGCAGAGAGACUGAAGCUUGGAGACAUACUGGGGGUGAAAGAAAGACAGAACACUUACAAUUGCUACACAAAACAAGCAGUGGAAGCCAUCAUGGAAAAGAAUGCCCACUGCCUGCUAGAGGUGGAGUUGGACUGUGUGAGGCGCAUGCACAAAGCUGAAAUCUUCCCCAUCAUUAUCUUCAUCGUGACCUCGGAGAAGAGUGCAAGGAAGCUCAGGAAAAAGUUACAGAAACAGGGAUCUUCAGAAGAGCAUCUGUUAGAAUGUUAUAAAGCAGCGGAGACACUUCUGGAUAAACUGCCCUGUUUGACCAGAACCAUUUCCUCAGAGACCUGGAGCGACAUGGAGUCGCUUAUCAGCUGCGUGAAAGCUGCUGUCGCCAAAGAACAAAAAAAGAUUGUCUGGAUCGAACAAGACCUCCGGUGAAGAUUUAAGAAAAAAAAAAAAACCUUUGAGAGGAAAAACUGACAGUUUUUCAAGGUGUCUACACCUGUUCAGUUUAUAAUUAGACGUGAAUGUGAAUUGAAUAAUAUUGUAUUAUAUGUAAUGUCUAUAUAUAGAGUAUACAACCUGUCAGGGAUUUGGUCAUUUUUAUAUCACAAUAUUUGUAUUAUUUAAGUAAUUAUAUUGACUAGAAGUCUAAAGGUUAUUGAAAUGAAUUACUGGAACGCCUCCCAGUUGAUAAAAGCUGCCUAAAUUUGCAAAAGGGAUAGUUCUUACAGUGGUUAUUAUGUCUGCAUGUGCUGUUGCACUGACUGCCCCCUGGUGUCCGUUGUGUUGAACUGAUUGACGCUGAAUACAGCCACUGAAGCUAAAAUAUAUGUAGACAUUCUACAGUUACGUAUAUGAAGUCUUCAAAAGAAACUAGUUAAACUAUUUGACGAGAUAUCUUUCAGUGUCUUCAUGUGUAUAUACAAUGUAUAUUACCUCAGUAGUAUUUUGCCGCUUUAAAAUAUUUUACUAACUUAUCCUAAAAGCACUAUAAAUGGCAUAACAGCACUUACUGUAGCAUUAUAUAUUAACAUACAUAUAUUUGAAUGGAGUUUAUAUUUAACAGUAACCAAUAAGUCUCUAUAUACACAGAAGACAGUAAUACCGGUUGGUAGAGUGAGUUUGUUUUAUUAUUGAUAACACAAGAGCACUUUGUAUAUAUAUAUUUGUAUAUAUGUAUAUCCUGUACAAUAAAUAUAAGCCAAUA